CAGUUGCUCCAUAGGCUUAGUCGAGCGCGCGCGGCUCGCGAUGCCGCACAAUUAUGAGUCCGCCAAGUUUCGCGAUACGAGACCUUCUGCCGGAAGCAUCGUCGAGGUCCCCGUCGCCAUCGGACACGGAGCUGGACGUCACGGGCACGGAGACGCCGCCGCCCUGCACCUCCAAGACACCAGAUGAGAAAAAGAACGAGAAGCCGGCGUACAGUUACAACGCGCUCAUCAUGAUGGCCAUCCGCAGCAGCCCCGAAAAGCGACUCACGCUGAACGGCAUUUACGAAUAUAUCAUGAAGAAUUUCCCGUAUUACAAGGAGAACAAACAGGGCUGGCAGAACUCCAUCCGACACAAUUUAAGUUUGAACAAAUGUUUUGUGAAAGUGCCGCGGCAUUACGACGAUCCGGGUAAAGGGAACUAUUGGAUGCUCGAUCCGUCUUCCGACGAUGUGUUUAUUGGGGGCACGACGGGCAAGUUGCGGCGGCGGUCCACGGCAUCCUCUAGAUCGAGGUUGGCGGCGUUCAAACGGGGUGCUAUCCUGCAUCCCAUGUUUGCCAAUCCGUACGCGUCUCUUGUUGGGUUGUAUCCGCCGCUGCUCUCUGUGUACGGGCGGUACGCGCUGCCCAGUCCUCUGCUGCGACUGCCGCCUCCACCACCGAACCCUUACCACCAACUGUAUCGAAGGAUUCACGGAUUGACUCCCUCAGUCAGCCCGCCAGACGACCCUGACUUGGUGAAGCGUAGUUGAUUUAUUCCUUAGCUUCGUGAGCUAUCCCCGAGUUAGCUACGCAGACUUUAAGUGACUGUGAUAGGACGAUCGAAAAGAUGUGUAUAAUAAUUGCCAGUAUCUGUAAAAAGUGGUACCGCUAUUUAUUUAUUAACUUAAGAUUAUAUUUUAUUGUAAGAGGCUAAGUUAUGUGGAUAUGUAUUAUUUAUUGAUGCAUUUGUUUAAUUACGAAACGGAUAUGAAAUAUGUGAACGUAUAAAUUAAAUGUGAAAACGUUAAUGAUGAAUUG